GCCAGAAGGCAACAACAAAGUGCGCGUGAGAAAUAAGCGGUGCUUGCCGAGAAGAGAGAGAGAGAGAGAGAGAGAGAGAGAGAGAGAGAGAGAUGGCGGCGUCGGCGGCGACGGCAACGGCGGCGGCGGUGGGGGCGGGGGAGGUGAUCUCCGUCCACAGCCUGGAGCAGUGGACCAUGCAGAUCGAGGAGGCCAACGCCGCCAAGAAGCUGGUGGUCAUUGACUUCACUGCAUCGUGGUGUGGACCCUGCCGCAUUAUGGCUCCAAUUUUCGCUGAUCUCGCCAAGAAGUUCCCAGCUGCUGUUUUCCUCAAGGUCGAUGUUGAUGAACUGAAGUCCAUUGCUGAGCAAUUCAGCGUGGAGGCCAUGCCAACCUUCCUGUUCAUGAAGGAAGGAGACGUCAAGGACAGGGUUGUCGGAGCUAUCAAGGAGGAACUGACGAACAAGGUUGGGCUACACGCGGCCCAGUAAUCACCUAGCGGUGUAGUAUUGGCCUAAAUAAAAUUGCCGCUCAACAAGUAGUGCCUCUAAUGGCACCUUAUAUCCUGUGUACUUCUUGUUACUUGUUGGUUUAUGGAUAAUGCGUUGCUUAAUCCAAGCUAGUGUGCUUUUGCAUAAAUAGUUUUCGCCCCUUUGGAUGUGAAUUUGCCUGGAUCUAUCCUGAUCUACAAGCUGGGAUGUGCAUGUGCACACGGUUCCAGUGUUGGUUCCCCUCUCCGAUCCCACCUGGAGCUGGAAGUUCUCCCCUUUUCAAAAAAAGGGAGGAAAUUCUCUUCCGGAUUCAAGCAGAAACAUAUUUUGAUUCGGUUUCAUCAGGCUAGCAAUCCUCUCUUCAUAUAUACCUGGACAAUCGUCUUGUAGAUAGCUUGAAAGGAGGGGAAGAUCCAUCCAUGUACAUGGAGGAGGGCUUGGAAGAGUACGUCAACGUGACGGAGAGCGCCAUCUUCGGCGCCUCGCUGACACCGCCUGCGCUGCCCCUUUUCAACGGUCCUCCUCCGAGCUGGGUCCUCCUCGACGUCUCCGCCUACAUAGCCGCCGGCACCACCGCCGCCGCCGGCACCAGGGGAGGCCAUGCCAUAGAGGUCACCAUGAUCGCCGCCCGCCCGCCGCUGGUCUCCCACAUCCGCGUCAACUGCCCCGGCCUCAAGCCCACACGCUUCGCCAUCGAGCCCAGGAUCUUCGCCGCCGCGGAUGGCCUCUUCUUGCUCGGCGUCGCCAUCGGCCACCGGUCCCUGUGCACCCAGCCGGACAUGUUCGACUACUUCGUCUACCAGCCCGCCGCGCGCUCGCUCACGUCUCUCCCGCGCCCACAUGGCCGCUUCGGUCUCAGGGACGUCGCCCUCCUGCGCUGCAGCCCGAACAGCUCCUCCUACAUCAUUGCGUUCCUCGAGGGUACACGGGGACGGGGCAUGGCGUAUGAGCUCCACCGCUUCCACUCCGAGACCAACACCUGGACCAAGAGCAAGCUGGAGCUUGGUGCCACUGCCAUGAACCCUGCCAUGGACUCCGUCUUCUUCUCCACUAGCAAGGUGUUCACUCUCGGCGGUGGUUUCGUGGGCUGGGCCGACCUCUGGCGCGGCGUCCUGCUCUGCGACGUGCUCCUCGACCCGGAGCUCCGCUACGUCCCCUUGCCGCAUGCCUUCGGUGAGCGCAAGUGGGACGCCGUCAUAACCAGGGACAUCGCCGUUGUCGACCAAGGUUGCAUCAAGUACGUCGACAAGCGGUCUGACGAGCACACUGGUGGUGGCUGGACACUCACCGCAUGGAGCAAGAAGAUCAACAGCAAGCCGUGGAAGGAGGAACAAUGGCGCCAGGACUGCGAGUUGAGAUCUUCUGAUGUCUCUGUCCUUUUGCCGCCACUGCCGAGGCCAUUCCAUGAGCUCAUGACAGGCCACCCCGUCAUAAGCUUGCGGGGCGACGACGUCGUCUACUUGAUGAGCAAAGAGAGCCUCAGGGACGACACGGCGUGGGUGGUCGCCGUCGACAUGAGCAGCAAGUCGUUGCAGGAAGUGGUUGAGUUUGGCGGUUCCCGGAGAUCAAUAGGCAUAAGCCGCACCUAUAUACAGAGCAGGAUCGACCUCUGGUCAUCCGAAGAUCACCCCAGGUAAUUCUAUCUUGAAUUAAUCAGUUCGAUCUUCGAUCACCUGCUAUUGCUCAUGCCUAAUCUGUUGGGCUUUUCUUAUCUGUACAAAUCCGACAAUUCGGUCGGUUGGCUCAUUUUAGUCGUUUUAGAACAUUUUGGAAGACAUCUGAAUGGUGGUGUAAUUGAUCAAUGCACAUUUAGGGGUUGGAAAAUCAUCCAUGAAUUUCAAACACAUAACUGGGGAACUAGAAACCGCUGCUGCAUGUCGCGGUAGCUUUUGUGUAAGAAGUCAGUUCAGAUGUUGUGUGAGACUGAGGUUAUAUACAUUGGCAUCAGACGCUGUUUAAUGUUCU